AUGCUAAAAUUACAUGGAGAGAUGCGAACAGAUAAAGUAGUUGACAUUAAUUCUUUUCGUGAAGAAUUUAAAGAAAUUUCUAAAUCGUAUAAGCCUGAUCUAAUUUAUAAUUUGGAUGAAACUGCAUUAUACUACAAGCUUAUUCCAUCGAAAAGCGUAUGCAGAAACCGAUUCCAAGGAUACAAAAAUUUUAAAGACCGUGUGUCUAUUAUGCUUUGUUCAAACAUGACCGGAAGUCAUAAAUUGAAACCUGUGAUGAUUGGAAAACCAAAAAUGCCUAGAUGUUUUAAAAAUUUUGACUAUGGAUGUCUUGUCUCAUAUUAUAGCUCACAGAAAGCUUGGAUGACUGGAUCUAUUUUUAUUGAUUGGAUUAUUAGCUUUGAUCUCCAGCUUAAAAUUAAAAAGAAGAAAAUUUUAUUGCUAAUAGACCACUGUCCUGCACAUUCUAUUCCUCAAAACUUGGAUUGUAUUAAGAUUUUAUUUUUUCCUAAAAAUUCUACUGGAUUACUACAACCAAUGGAUAUUGGAAUUAUAAAAACCUUCAAGACUCAUUUCAUGAGAAGAAAGCUACAGUACUUAACUGAUUUGCUGGAGACUGAAAAUAUUUCUAUUUUAAAUGAAUCUAAUCACGAAAAUACAUUAAUUGAACAUUAUGAGACUGAAAUUGAAAGAACUGACAUUUUCGAUCCUCUAAUGAGCGAAGAUUUUCUAAAUAUCGAAAACACAGAAGAUCAAGAUAUAAACGAAAAUUGUUUACAAGAGGAUCAAGAGUCUGAAAUUAGCGACGAAGAGACAAAAAUCAUAUAUCCACUCGAUAGAAAAGAUAUUGCAAAGACAUUAACUAGAAUAGAAAGGAAAUUAAUCUCCAAAUAUUUAGCAUUUAGUAUAGUAUCCGAUUGGAUCUCAAAGAAUUCCAUUUGUAAACUUUUAUCUGAAGUGAAAAAAUCAAAAGCAAAUGGUGCUGCGAGUAGUACAAAUUCCCGUUUAAAAGACGAGAAAUCACCGAAUCUUUCAUAA